CCCCUGUGGACACGUUUCUUUCUUCCGCCUGGAAGUUUGGGCCGCUUGGUGACCGGUAAAUGCUUGGCCGUGAUCACGUGCCGCCGGCCGCUUUGGCUUGCUAGUUUCGCUUCCGCAGCCCCGCGCUUGAGCCGUGGCAGAGAAGUUGCAGCCGCGCGCUUUGCGGCUCUCGCCUCCCGGCUUGGGCUUAGCCGAGGGGCGCGGGGAGCGAGGGGCCGUCAGGAUGUCGGGGGACAUGGAUGAAGAAGACGAGGCCUUCCAGCUUCCGACGGGAGGGACCAGGCUGGCCUCUCUCUUUGGACAGGAUCAGACAGCUACAGAAUCUGGAAAUGUGCUCUUCCAAUACAUGCCACCCAAGCAGCCUAAAAAAGGUCAACCAGCUACCGCUGCAGGUCUGCCCACCCAGAAGCAUCCUCCUGCAGCUGCUGCUGCUGCUGCACCCACUGCUGUGCCCGCUGCUGCUGCUGCUCCUGCGCCCACUGCAGCAGUGCAUUCAGUCUUCUUCGCUACAGCUGUUCAUGCAUAUUUGUUUACCAAUGGGAAAUAUGUGAAACAUGGCAAGUAUGGAGCAGCUGUAGUGGGCAGCAAUGCAACCAAGGAGUACAGAGUGCUUCUUUACAUCAGCAAGCAGCAGCAGAUUGCAACCGCCAGGAUUGAUGCCUGGUUUGUAUUCACGGUGCAGCCCAACAACUACUGUACAUUUUAUGAUGAUCAGAGGCAGAAUUGGUCCAUCAUGUUUGAAUCAGAAAUGGCGGCUGUGGACUUCAGCAAGCAGCUGUGCAUUGCCAAGUAUAACAGCAGCCAAUCUCCUGACUCAGUGCUGUGCCAGGAUCUUGUUCUCGGAGACGGCCAAGGUGUGGCGACUGGAGAUGCCCUGGAGAUCACUUUUACAGGCUGGCUGUUCCAGAACGGUAGUCUUGGGCAGGUUUUCGACUCAAAUGUAAAUAAAGAGAAGCUGCUCCGGCUGAAGCUAGGCUCUGGCAAAGUCAUCAAGGCCUGGGAAGAUGGGAUGAUUGGCAUGAAGAGAGGAGGCAGGCGGUUCCUCCUCAUCCCGCCAGCAUUGGCUUACGGGUCUUCUGGAGAAGCUGAACGCAUUCCUCCGGACUCAACUCUGGCCUUUGAGGUGGAAGUCAAACGGGUGAGGUUUGCAAAGGGCGCUGACUCAGCCGGACAGAGCCUGGGCCCCAGGGACUCCCUCACACCUUCACCAGCACCACAAUCAGAAAGCCCCGCUACAGACCCAGCCUGGCUGACUCCUCCUACUCCCGCUCCAAAGCCAGGGGAGCCAGCUGUGCGUGCCAAAUCAAGCUCUAUUAGUGAACAACUAGCGAAUCCUGAUGUAACAAAAGUGAAACUGAUUUCCCGUAUGGCGAAGAUGGGUCAGCCUAUGCUACCUGUCCCCUCCAGCACAUUUGCACCCCAGCAAGACUCAGCUGACAAGGCGGUAGAGGAGCCGCAUGCCAUUCAAGAAUUUUCAACCCUCUGUCCGAACGACUACCGUCCAAUGGCCCCUCCUCAGUGGGCAAUGCAAGCUCCUCCUCCAGCUGUGUCAGGGCUCCAGGCGCCUGCUGCCCCCCAGCCACACCCACCCCUUACAAGAACCCCUCAAAACUGUCAGCCUUAUGCAGGGAUGCCAUAUGCUUACCCACAAGUGAGUGCCGCAGUUUCCCAGCUCCAGCCUGUUGGGUUGUGCCCAGCUCCUUUCCAAGUUUUCUUUCCUGUCACAGCAGCUGGAGACAUUGGUACAUUCCUGCUGACAGAGACCCGGCAGCAGAACACAGAGAUCCGCCUGGCCGUUGGGAAGGUGGCUGACAAGAUGGACCAGCUGUCAGUCAAGCUGGAGGAACUACGGAAGCAAAACUCUGGCCCCGGUUUGCUGCCAGGCGUCUCUUCUGUUACCAUGGAAACCUCUAUGAUCAUGAGUAACAUCCAGCGUAUCCUGCAGGAAAAUGAGAGGUUGAAGCAGGAGAUCGUUGAGAAGAGCGGCCGCAUUGAGGAGCAGAACAAGAAGAUUGGUGAACUGAUUGACCGCAACCAACGCUAUGUGGAGCAGAGCAACCUGUUAUCUGAGCAGAGCAACAGCUCACUGCAGAGGACCAUGGAGCACACCCAGGCAAGGGUCCUACAUGCUGAACAGGAGAAGCACAUGCCGCCACUGGAUCAGGGGUGGGACCAGGUCAGGGUCACCAAGGAGCUAGCGGAAGCCACAGCACAGAUCACCCAGCUGCAGCUGGAGCUGGCCCGUCAUCAGAAGCAGGAGAUAGAUCUCCACUCCCAACUGAAUGAAGCCCUGACAGAAUCGGAGAGGCAGAAAGCCCAGGUCAGCCGACUCCGUGAACAGCUGGCAGAACUUCAUAAAUCGUCUGACGACAUGAAAAGCAGAUACCAGGAGGAGAAGCUGAGUGGGAAGAAGUUGGAUGAGAAGGUGGCAGCCCUGGAAGAGGAGCUGGCUGAUAUCCGCGUUCAGAAGGAGAAUCUGGAGAAGGUGAAGAAGAUCAUGAACGAGGUCUUCCAGUCCCUGCGGAGCCAGUUCAACUUGGAGGAGUCCUAUACUGGCCAGGAGGUCCUGGGUAUCGUCCUGAACACCAUCAAGACAACAACUCUGCAGCUGCUGGAGAGUCAGGAGGAGCAAAGGGGGAGCAGCAGCACCGAGGAGGAAGGACCUGCGGAAAGGAAGCAGCCAAGUGCCGCACCCCUUUAUGGGGAUCCCCACAGCAACUCUCUCCGAGAACCAGCACCAGUGGCAUCCCCCGCUCCUUUGGCUAAUCUGAAGGAAAGCUCAAGCAGUCCUCCAUCCACCGCUCUCGAAGGAGCCCAAGACAGUCUGCUUUUUGCAGCUCCUGAGGCUCAUUCUUCGGAAGCACCGGUUGAACAAACUUGUGCAGCCUCUGCUCAAACUGCAAGGCCGCCUCUCAGGCUCUCCGCCAGUAUUGAGAAGGAGAGGCCAAGCACUCAGGGUGAAAUGGACACAAAAGACACUGCCAUUCUGGCACCUCCAAAUCCAGCGGCGGAUGAGACGGCACCUCCAAUGGAGGGGCCCACAACGGGUCCAGAGGGCAAGGAGCAGAGUGGGGCAAGUCAGCACACCGCUGGCCCCACCUCUCAAGCUGCUGUAGCCGACAAGCAGCAGGACUUGGCUGGAGCCUCACAGCCAAGACCAGCGUCCAGCCCCAUGGAAGCGGAUUCCAGUCUUCUUGAGGACAAGGGUGGCUUCUUCAAAGUUGCCACUCCCAAGCCAUCUGCAUUGGGAACUCUCUUGGCAGAAGACGACGACGAGGAAGAGGUGAGCCUUAAGGGUCGGCCUCCCCCCACCCCACUCUUUGAUGAUGAUGAUGACGAUGACGACGAUGACCUGUACCUGCUGGGAUAAGCAGCUUGGCAAAUGCCAUGGCAAUACUUUCUUUUCUCAAGAGCUUCAGUGAUUGCUGAUCUGGGGCUGAGAUGGAUGGAGCUGGGGUUUUUCCUGUGGGCCUCCCCAGAUUGCUCAUUUGGGCUUUGGUGGCCUUAACUUGUGGUUUUUGAGGCUGCUGGCAGGAAGAGGGGUGACUCUCUCUCUCUCUCGGUAGCAAAUGUCAAUUGGGGACUUUGUCUAGCUUCAAAGUCCUGACUGUUUACUUCACCACUGCCGAACACACCUGUACCCUACACACUUUUGACCCAGCUGCUGCUGGGAGUAGCGAUGGGUAUCACCUUGAACAGCUCCUCUCUGUGGAAACCAAACUUAACCUAUUGCCAUAGCUCACCUCCAGUUUUGAACCUUGGCAAAACCGGAUCUUGAAGAAAAUAAUAAUAAAGUGCAAUUAAAAUAAAUUAA